AUGCCUCACAAACAUAAGAGACGUGGCGAGGCCGAUACAAGUCAAUUCAACCUCCCACCCUCAGAGAUCGCCAAGGCACUUCCAGUCCGCGAAUCAUCCAAGCCAAAGCUGCUAAAGGGCGGCAAGGUUGCCAAAACCGGCAACAAGAAUCAAGCUCAGAACCAAAAUCAGAGUGCAAACAAAGCGCCCACCCACCGUCGCAAGAAUGUAUCCGAAGACGACACUCCCAAAGCCUUCCUUCGUCUAAUGCAGUAUCAAACGACGGGCAGGCGCGCCCCGUCAGGACUGGAGACAGGCGAGAGCAAGAAGCGGAAGCGCAAUGCCACAGAAAAGGCCGCGGAGUCAAACAAGAAACCCGCCAAAGCAGAGGCGGAGCCCAAGCUCAGCGCCAAGGAGAAGCAGCAGCUUAAAAUUCUGCCCGGCGAGCGUCUGGCCGAAUUCUCAGCGCGAGUCGACCGCGAAAUGCCCCUGUCUCAAAUGACCAAAACCACCAAGACAGGUGAAGCCAAGAUGAACGAGCAGCGCAAGCAGACAAAGCACGAGAAGCACCUGCGGCGACUGCAAAAAGGUUGGCGUGAGGAGGAAGCUAAGAUCCUAGAGCGGGAGCAGGAGGAGCGUGAAGAGCGCGAGGCCGAAAUGGAGGUUGAGCUGCAGCAAUGGAAAGAUUGGGAUAUUGAAGCUGGUGGUAAGGCCAAGAAGAGGGCUAUUGCCGCCAAGAAAAACAAGAAGAAGGGCAAGCAUGCCGGCGAUGAGGAUAAUGCUCCUGAUAGCGGGGAUGAUGAUCCCGAUCCUUGGGCUAAGCUGAAGAAACGCGACCAGGAACGGAAGAAGAAUCCGUUCGAGGUUGCACCUGCGCCGCCGCAGUUAAUUAAACCCAGAGAGAUCUUCAAGGUGCGUGGUGGGGCCAAGGUUGAUGUUGCCAACGUGCCGGCCGCUGUGGGUAGUUUGAGGAGACGUGAGGAGUUGGCUGGUGAGCGCAGGAAUAUUGUCGAGGAAUACCGGAAGUUGAUGGCCGAGAAGCGGCAGUGA